CAAAAAUUGUGUGCGCUAUCCACCCCACCUGGGCCAAAAAGUUCCAGUAUCGCCAACACCAACAGCAGCAUCUUGCUCUUGCGCAGACCACAUCUUGCCUCCCACCCCCUCCAGCGCAAAACAACAAAAAUCCUUCACAAUGGCUGAUCGUGGAGCUUCUCGCGGCGGUGGUUUCGGAUCCCGAGGCGGUGAUCGCGGCCGAGGACGUGGACGUGGCCGUGGUCGUGGUCGCGGCAAGAACGAGGAGAAGGAGUGGCAGCCCGUCACCAAGCUCGGUCGAUUGGUCAAGGCCGGCAAGAUCAACAGCAUGGAGGAGAUCUACCUUCACUCUCUGCCCAUCAAGGAGUACCAGAUUGUCGACAACUUCCUGCCCAAGCUCAAGGAUGAGGUCAUGAAGAUCAAGCCCGUCCAGAAGCAGACCCGUGCCGGUCAGCGAACCCGAUUCAAGGCCAUUGUCAUCAUUGGUGACUCCGAGGGCCACGUCGGUCUCGGUAUCAAGACCUCCAAGGAGGUUGCUACCGCCAUCCGUGCCGCUAUCAUCAUUGCCAAGCUCAGCGUCAUCCCCGUGCGACGAGGUUACUGGGGUACCAACCUUGGUCAGCCUCACUCCCUGCCCUGCAAGGAGUCUGGCAAGUGCGGUUCCGUCACCGUCCGUCUCAUCCCCGCUCCCCGUGGUACUGGCCUCGUUGCCUCUCCCGCUGUUAAGCGAUUCCUCCAGCUUGCCGGUGUCGAGGACGCCUACACCUCCUCCGCCGGUUCCACAAAGACCCUCGAGAACACCCUCAAGGCUACCUUUGUGGCCGUCUCCAACACUUACGGCUUCCUUACCCCCAACCUCUGGAAGGAGACCAAGCUCAUCAAGAGUCCCCUGGACGAGUACGCCGACACACUGCGGGAGGGUAAGCGAUACUAGAGCUAGAGCGGGAAAGUUUUAUGCUGGGAGCUGGAAACUGGUGCCGCGGAGUCACGAUUCCUUGUGUUUCAUUGCAUAGGUUGGCCGGUUAGGACACGUCGGAUCUGAGGCUAUGAGAAAUAAUGGCUUAAGGUCUGAAUGAAAAAGAAAUUUCAUCCUUCAUGAUUGCUUUUUUUGCAAAACAAA